UUCAUUUUUCGACAGACAAAUCGUAAAAUCAAAACUUUCCAAACAAAUUUAUCAACUAAAAAGUAGAACAAUUAAAAAGAAAUGCAGGAAAAUGGACGAACUUGACGAGGAGCGAAUGUGCUGGAUUUGCCUGGAGGGCGACGUGGAGCCGUCGCAGCAUACGCACUGGGUGCAUCCGUGCCGCUGCAGCGGCAGCAACAAGUGGGUGCAUCACCGCUGCCUGAACCGCUGGAUCGAUGAGUUGCAGUCGCAACAUCCGAAGAAGCCGAUCGCGUGCCCUAAGUGCCUCACGAAGUACCUCAUUUGGAUGCCGCCGCUUUGUCGAUUCGAUGCGUUUCUAGUCUGGAUUGACGACAUAUUGAAUAUGGUGUGUCCCAGCGUGGCCAUGGCUGCACUUUCGACCGUUCUGUUUUUCUCGACGGUGACAUUCGGGGCUCUGACAAUGAUACAGAUUUAUGGCUAUAACGAGACUCUCACGUUACUGCAAGAGCAGACCACGCUAGCGUCAAUCGCCCUGCCAACAAUUCCUGCGGGACUUCUGCUUAUUCGCCAUAUCAGAGUGGACAGACCAUUUCUGCGUUUUCUACACAUCUUCCGCAGCCGGCACCAAGACUUGCAGCCAGAGGAUCUGGAUGAGGAGGGUGAGCCACUGCCCGGCGCCCCGCUUGGCGACAACUACUUCGAUGAACUGCCUGAAGAAAAUGGUCCUGAGGACAUCAACUUGCAGCUGGGAGCUCAAGUAAUUUUCAGCGAGGAAGCGCGCACAGCCGCGGCCAGCUUCGUUGUGGCGCUCAGUCUGCCCAGCUUUGCAGUGCUGCUGGGACGCACGCUGUACGGAAAUAUAGGAAAUAGAUACAUGGGCAUCUUCCUGGGCGGCAUAACGUUCCUGGGCAUCAAGGGACUAGCCAGCGCCUAUAUGCGUCAUGCCUACUUGCAACGUAUGCGCGAUCGCUUCGUGCUGCAGUAAAGUGCAGCGGAGAUCAAGAAUCAAUAAAGUCAAAAUCAUACCGAGACAUAGGUAUGACACAACUGAAAACACCACUUUAUAGCAAAACAGAAGGUGGAUUGCGCCCCCAAACACACUUUCCAGCAGUCAGGGAACUACACAAAAU